AUGAGCUCUCUCGCCGUUUGUCAACCGUCAGCCGCGUCGCUGCACGCUUCGCCAUGGAAUGCUAGUUCUCCUCGUGCAUUUUCUCAUCAAGAACUUUCUGGACUAGCCUGCACAGGCAGAAACUCAAGCAAGUCGAAUGCGUUAACGUCUAGAGCUCCUUCGUCUCGUUCUGCCGAAUACCGUGUUGCUGACGUGUCUCGCUGUCGGUCCAAUCGCGUGAUUACACGUGCUGCAGCGUCCUCAUCUUCUUCCUCGCCCUCCGUGUCCGCCGCUGAUGUUUCUGCACCUAUUACUCUCACGUACCUCGAAGGCAACAGCUGGCUGUGGUCCGUGGACGGAGUGAAAGUGCUCGUCGAUCCAAUCAUCGAGGGUCCUCUAGAUUUCGGUAUCCCGUGGCUCUAUACGGGGUACAAAAAAGUGCUCAAGUCGCUCUCGCUUGAUGACGUCAUCGAUGCUGACGUGGUGCUCAUUACCCAAUCACUGGACGACCACAUGCACGUGAGGACGCUCAAGGCCCUGGCAGCCAGACGGCCGGAUGUCCCUGUGAUCGCCACUCCCAACGGACAGGCGUUUUUGGACUCCCUCUUCUCCAAUGUGACAUACCUAGAGCCCGGCUCAUCCACCUCCUUUUCUUCAUCCAAAGGAGCUAGGUUGUCUGUCAAGGCCGUGCCUGGGCCUGUUCUGGGUCCACCCUGGCAGCGACCAGAGAACGGGUACAUUGUUCGAGGGGGAGCGUCAGGUGCCUCUAUUUAUAUCGAGCCACAUUGUGUGUUUAACGAGGCAGCUCUUAAGGAGGGUGGCGAACGAGUGGAUGUGCUGGUGACACCGGUGGUGAAACAGGAGUUACCGGCUUUCACCCUCGUGUCAGGGCAGGAGGAUGCUGUGAGGCUGGCUCAGGUAGUGGGCGCUAGAUACGUGGCGCCUAUGGCUAAUGCUGACGUGGACGCGUCUGGGAUUUUGAGUGCUCUUGUAACUCCUAUUGGCACACUCGAUUCAUUCAAGGAAAUUCUUCAAUCGAAGGAUGGAGUCAAUGUGGAGGUUUUGCAGAUUGUACCUGGCCAGGCUCUACACUCCGUGCGCCGCUUAUACGAGAACAUCGUGCCGUCCCAUACAGUGUACGACGUCGAGUCACCGGAGCACGUGAUUCGCCGGUUCAGCCACGAUGGGCAGUACCUCAUCUGCUUCUCGCGCAACGGCCUUGAGCUCAUUGUGUACCGCUUCCACUGGUUCAACUAUGGCGCGCAGGGGGCAGUGGGAGUCGCGGAGGCAGAAGAGGACGAUCAUCUACCUCCUCCCUCCAGGAAGUUUCCGAGCUACUUUGAGCAGCUGUACUGCGCGCCACUGGGGAGGGGCAGCGAGGUGCUGUGCAAGGACCUCUUCCUCUGCUGCCAGGGGAGUGCCCUGGGCGUGUUUGCAUCAGCUACUCCUGCGGAUUUGGCGUCUCCUCCUAGGGUGGGCGCUGUGAAAGGGGUGCCUGCUAUGGAAAGCAUCACUCUACACCUCGUCAGGCUGUGUGAUGGCAAGGUGGUGGACAGGCGUGUGUUUCGAGACGACUACAUCAACCUCACCCACAACGGAGGGGCGUUUCUGUAUGAUGACCUGCUCUCCGUGCUCAGCAUCCGCUUCCAGAGAAUACACCUGUUCCAGAUAGUGGAAGCAGCAGAGCGGUUUGUAGACGUGCAAGUGAUCGGGCCGUUCGGGUGUGAUGAUGAUGAACUGCUGCUGCAGUCGCAUUUCCACGAGGAGUGGCGCUUCCAGCGGCAUUUGGCUGAGCUGAGGAGGAGGCAGGCUAUGGGAGGGAGGGGAGGAGGUGGUGAGGGGAGUGGGGCUGUGGGAGGUGAGGAGGGAAUUAGUGAGGGGGGUGUGGGGGGGUAUACGGAAGAGGAUGAGGAGGGGGAGGAGGAGGGGGAGGAAGGGGAGGAGAGGGGGGAGGGAGGCGAGAGGGGAGGACGGGAGGGGAGGGAUGGAGAGGCGGGGGGAGGGAGAUUGGGAGGAGUGGGGGGAGGAGGUGGAAGAGGGGAGGGAGAGAGGGUGGGUGAUGCAGAGAGGAAAGGCAGGAGUACGGUUUUAGAGGGAAGGGGUGAUGAUGGUAGAACGAGGGGAGAGGAGGGGAGAGAGGUGGAUGAGAGGAGUCAGGGUGUGGGGAGCAGGGGUGAGGGGGUCGAGAGGGGGACGGGACAGGAAAGGAAGCGGAAAGAGACGCAAGGAUUGGGAGGAGGGUAUUUGGAUAGGAGGCAGGACGAGCAGGGGGUGAAGAGGCCGCGAUUGAGACUGGAAAGUGUGAGGGAGGAGGGGGUGGAGGGGCAUGGGAGAGAUGAAUCAGGGGAGGUUGGAGAGAGGGUGAGAGGUGGGGAUGGGGGAGAGGGAGGAGAGAGAGGAGAGAGAAGAGAAAGAGCAGUGGAAAAUGCUGAGAUUGUAAGAGAGGGAGUGGAGGAAAGAGGAGGAGGUGGGGAAGGAGAAGUGGAAGAAGUCAAGAGAAUUGAGAGAGGGGAAGGGACCACUGUAGGUGACGAGGGGGCAAGGGAAGAGAAGGGAGGAAGCGGAGGAGGAGGAGGAGGUGAAGAAAGAGGAGAGGAAACUGGUCAGAGUGUUAGAGGGAAGGAAACGGGAGUAGGAGAAAUUGGAGGAGAGAGAGGAGGAGCAAGAGGAGGAGCCGGGGGAGUGGGAGGGGUCGCGAUGUAUGAGAGGCGCUAUGGGGGGGAGGAUGGGCGCUUGCUAGAGCCGCGCACAGCCAUGGGUCCCCCUGGUGGUGGGGGAAGGGGGAGAAGAGAGGGAGGGAGAGGAGGGGCAGGGGGAGGAGGGCCGGCGGGAGGAGGGGUGGCAGCAGGAGGAGCAGGAGCAGCAGGAGGAGGGAGGGGUGGGGAUGUGUGGAUGCAAGCGGGGGUUGCUGCUCACAGCCUUACCAUGUCUACCUUUGGCUCUAGCCUCUUUAGUCUCUCGUAUGGGCCUGAUGAGGGAGCAGCAAGAGGGGGCCUUCCGUUUUUCUUUGGAGCAGUAGGGGCAGCAGCAGGAGGAAGAGGCGUCGGGGGGGGCACUGGGGAGGGGGGAGAGAGGGGAAUGAGUGGGAGGACGCUUGGUUCUAGGAGUCAGGGAGAGGGGAGGGAGAGAGGGAUAGGGGGAGGGGGAUCUGAGAGGGAGAGAGGCGGCAGGGAGAGGGGCAGUAGGAGAAGGCGAAGCAGGCAGACGGGGGAGGGCGGCGGCGGGUCGGGAACGGGCGGCGGUGGGGCGGCGAGGUAUGUUGUUAGUGACAGGGGGGAUUUGGAGGCGAUUACGAGGCAGCAGCUGGGGGGGGGAGCGGGGGGAAGGGGGAGUGAAGGCGUGGGGGGAGCAGCAGGGGGAGGAGCAGCCGCAGGAGGAGGGGCAGGGGGAGAAGGAGGGGCAGGGGCAGCAGGAGGGAGAGGGGUGGGGGGAGGAGGGGGAGCGGCGGAAUUGGCAGGGGAAGGAGGAGAUGGGGGUGGAUGGGGGGAAGCGGAUGGUGGUGGGGGACAGAGCAGCUUGGGGCAUGGGCAUGGGCAUGGGCAUGGGCAUGGGCAUAGGGAUGGGGAUAGGGAUGGGGAUGGUCUAGAGGGCAGCCAAGCAAAUGGCGCUAGUGCUGGUGGUGCUGAUGCUGAUGGUGGUGGUGGGAGAUUAGAAGGUACUGCCGGAACAGGGGCAGGAGCAGCAAGAGUGGGAGGAGUGGGAGGAGGGGGAAGAGGGGCAGGAGGGGGAGGCAUGGGGGGAGUGGGAGGAAUGGAUGGAGGGGGGAGAGCAGGGGCGGCAGGGGGAGGUGGGUUUAGGGGAGCUCCUGGUGGGUCGGGAAGGGAAGGAGGGCGCGGGGAGGCGAGUGGGUGGGGUGACGGGGGGUGGAUGUUGAGGGGGGAAGGGGUGGAGGUGGGAAUGAGAGCCAUUGGCGAUUUAGGGAUGGUGAAUGCUGGGGGGCUGAUAACAGGGGGUGGGUUGUUGAGUGUGCUGAUGCAGCGGCUGCUGGUGCAUGUGUUUGAGUGCCACCUGGGGGAUGCAGUGGGGUCGAGUGUGGCUCAGCUGUUGGACCGCUGUCAUUUGCUCAUCCGCCUGGGCAGCACAGAGGGGGUGGUGCUGCGAGCAUCUGACAGCUCCCACCAGAACUCUUUUUUCACCGUUUACAACUUCGUCACCACCAGAGUGCUGUGCUUCUAUCAGAACUCGUCGGAGGACUUUCUGUCUGCGUUUGAGCAUUUCUGCGACCACUUCCGCGCCCCGCCGCGGUCUCCAGCCGGGUUUUCGUUCAUCAGCAGCUGCGCCAACAACGUGUUUGCGCGCGAGGCGUUCAAAAAGCAGAAGGCAGCACUUGUGACGUGCAAGGGAGGGUCUCAGACACAGGCAAUCAAGCGAAUGCUGGCUGCUCUGCCCUACAGUGCACAGACCUACUCCCCAUCUCCCUACUUCGACCAGUCGCUCUUUCAUUUUGAUGAAAAGCUCAUAUCUGCAUCGGAUCGGCACAAGCCCUGUGUGGAGCACCCAAUCAAGUUCAUCCUUCGGCGCCGGCCAAACGUCCUCAGGUUCAAAAUCAACCCAGGUUACGAGUCCGCAAACCCAGAUGCGCGGAUAAAAAGAGUGGCAACAUAUAUCUUCCAUCCGUUUCUUCCCUUCGCCAUAUCAGUGCAGCAGACGUUUAUGCAGCCUUCGGUUGUAAACUUCCAUUUCCGAAAGUGA